AUUUCAGCGAUAAAUGCAUGCAGUUCAAACCCAUGCGUUAGAGGUAUCUGCUACCACUCGCACACAACACAAUAUCAUUGUGAAUGUCCUAAAGGGUACUUUGGAAAAAAUUGUGAAAUAGAUGACAAUGAGUGUAUCUCAGAGCCAUGUCAGAACGGCGGAAGUUGUAUCGAUGGUGUCGGAACCUUCUUGUGUCAGUGUAGACCAGGAUUUACGGGAGAGUUAUGCCAGAGAGACGUCAAUGAAUGCUCACGGUUCAACACUCCAUGUUUCAAUGGCGGUACCUGUGUGAAUGGAAUUGGUAAAAUGUCCUGUCAGUGCCCUAUUGGUUUCGUUGGCGAAAGAUGCCAGGAUGCAAUGGAUCCUUGCAUACAUAGUCCUUGCGUACGUGGAUCAUGUUUCUCACAUAAAUCCCAGUUUGUGUGCGAGUGUCCAUCUGGGUACGACGGAAAGUUGUGUGAAACUAAACAGUCAAAACAAACCAUAGUGGGUCCCAGAGAGGAAUUUAUCAAAAUACCGUUGGCUGAUCCAUUGAAUUUGAACUGCAGUCUUUCUGACAGUACUAAUAGUUACAGGACAUCAUUCCAAUGGCGUAAAUCUAGAGGAUGCUACCAGCUUCAUGCUAAUAAUAAUAAUAAUAAUUUUUACAUUCGGCAUUAUUCCACGUACAAGUUGACGCAUGCAGAUAUAGGGGCAGCGGGAACGUAUAUUUGUACAUUGGAACAGAUGGAGAAGUAUUUCCAUGUUGACAUCGCAUGGUGUUCAGAGAUAUGUACUUUUGAAGAUCGUGCUUUAUGUAAAUGGGACGAUACCGGAUCUUAUAUUUCAUGGCGAGAAGAGCAUGGGCGACUUGAAGAUCAUUCCCUGGGAACUAAAAGUGGUACAUAUAUGACAGUACAAUCGGACACUCCUGGGACAAAUGACGCAAGCGCUAAUCUGACGUCAGCCAAUUUACCAGCCAAUCAAACCAUUUUGUUUUGAAUUUUGGCACCGGAUAUCCUUUAAUGGUUCUGGAGCUUUGUUGAUGUAUCUUCAGGAUUCAUGCCUACACACAAGCACAGAGAUGUUUAAGGCAAUGGAUAACACAAAUGGACAAUGGGUUAAAGCUGAUAUUACUAUUUCCCGUGAUCUUAUACCAAAUGAUUAUAAUAUUGUCCUUUCUGUAGACAGACGGCGGUCAUUUCAAGGUUCUAUUGAUGUAGACGAUCUUAAAUUCAGCAAUGUUCACUGUCAAGGUGACCAAGGACUUCCGAUUAUUGGAUGAGAUUGGUGAUUUUAGAAAGCGAACUACAUACGAAGUUGGCAUUUUAUGUCUUGAAAUCAAUUUGUAUAAAAAUAAACUUUUUAGUAGA